UGUGUGUGUGUGUUGGGGUGGGGGGAGUUCUGGUGGAGAGACACCCUCCUCCAUAGUCUGUGUGAGGAAGAAGAGGUGUGGUGGAGAAGAUCUCCAGCUCCCCUGGGGAGUGUGUGAAGAUGGGGAAGAGAUUCUCCCCGCCCCCCGAGCGUGUCAGGAAUGGAGGAUGUGAUCGAGACAACCCCCUUCCUGUCCGCUGGGUGCAUAAGAGACUACAGAAAGAACUGUUGGCUUUGCAGAAUGACCCACCUCCAGGAAUGACUUUAAAUGAAAAGAGUGUUCAAAAUUCAAUUACGCAGUGGAUUGUAGAUAUGGAAGGUGCUCCAGGUACAUUAUAUGAAGGGGAGAAAUUUCAGCUUCUAUUUAAGUUCAGUAGUCGCUAUCCCUUUGAUUCUCCUCAGGUCAUGUUUACUGGUGACAAUAUUCCUGUUCAUCCUCAUGUUUAUAGCAAUGGCCAUAUCUGUUUAUCCAUUCUAACAGAAGACUGGUCCCCAGCUCUCUCAGUGCAAUCGGUUUGUCUUAGCAUUAUUAGCAUGCUUUCCAGCUGCAAAGAAAAGGUUUUUUUUCUAUUGCAGAGGCGACCUCCAGAUAAUUCAUUUUAUGUAAGAACAUGUAACAAAAAUCCAAAGAAAACAAAAUGGUGGUAUCAUGAUGACACCUGUUGAUGCCACCAUUUUGUGAUCCUCCUAGCAGAAGAUUGUCCUACUGAGAAAAUGAGCACUUUGAUCAUUCAGUCUUUGAACUUUAACCUUUGACUGGAAGUGACCUAUAGACAAUGAAGACUACUUCCUUUGACUGCAUUUUUACUAGUGUGCAUUCUGGGCGCAUGUUGAUCGCUGGUUCAGUCCAUGCAACUGACAUGCUUUAGUCAUACAGUAUUAAUGCAGGUGUCUGGAAAUGUCAGAAAAAUUCCAUUUAUUUUUAUUUUUAAGCUUUUGGCAGAAUUCCAGGUCUUCAUGUAUUGUGCAAUAACAGUUGAACUCGUUGGCGGUUUUAUGGCAUCCACUGCCGGCAAUGGAUGUUAUACCAGGAAGUUUUGAUCCUGCUGCAAAAAAAAUUGAUUGGCUGGCAGGGUUUAUGGAAUGUUUCAGAUAUAUUGGGAUUAUAAGCAAGGGAUCCAACAUUACUUUGAAACCAUCCCAUUCUUUUAUAUUUGGAUUCUGUGCACUGUGAUCACAAAACUAGCAGCAUAAUUAACAUGCUUAGCUAAAGGACUGUAAUAAGAUCAUUACAUAUUUAUUAAAUUGUUUAUCUGCUGUCAAAUUGUUUUGACAUGGAAGGUUUUCAAGUGACAUUGGGAGAUAGGUACAUUAUCCCUAUGGUGAAAUAAAAAUACCUUUUUUGUAUGGUAGUUACUCUUAUCUCUAAUACAAAGAUAUGAGUAAUAAUUGGGUAUGAGUGGCUUAAUCAAGACUUAUUUUGGAGAUAUAAGAAGAUGGCAGCGAUAUAAUUAAAUUUGCUGCAGUCCACAAUUGGGCCUGUAAUUUGUACAUUAGAACUUUUUUCCAUGUAGAUUGCACACUGUUAAUUCCUGCUAGCCAUCAGCAUGAGCCCUACUGCCUACACAAUUUCAUUUAUUUAUGUGUUUGAAAACAAUCCAUAUAACGUUUGUUUGCUAUUUUUGUUGUGUUGUAUGUCAUGUUUGAAUGUUACAAAACAAUAUUUUGAUUGAAAAGCUUUGUCAGAAGAUAUUUUCUUGUAAAUUAUUUCUUUACCUUGUAAGCAUCAUCUUGUCUUUUAAUCCUGUACUAUAAAGAAAGAAAUACAUUUUUGACAGAGGCUUAAUGUUUUGACACAAAAGUGUGGACCUUUUUAUUUAAGUUUAGACAAAAGUAUAUUUUCUUAACUUGCUUGUCCUACAGGCAUAAUUUUUUUCCAGCUUUUCUUCACAAAAAUUUAAUUACAGCUAGAUUAACUUUUUUCUACAGAGAAAUAAUUGUUGAAAAAUAGGUAAUUGUUCUCACCACUGUGUAAUUUUAUGAUACUACAAGUAGGCUGUCUUUUUAGGAAGCACUGAUGUCUUUUAUAUACUUACUACCUUUACACAUAUGCAACAUUUCUAUAACAAUGCUGUUUUUACUGUUGCCUUAUUGUUGACUCCUUUUAAAAAAAAAAAGUAGUCAAUAAACAAAUGUCUAAAUCAAAUAACUAUUUACUUUAUUUUUAAAAUAAGAACUAGAAACAGCUAAACUUAAAAGAACAAAAAUUGGCUGAAAAUAUUGAAAUAUUUUUUUACUGCUGUAUAAUUGACAAAUUGUAUAGCCUUGUACAUACUUCUGAUGUUAUCUAAUGUUUAAAACAUAAAUUUAAAAAAGUGUAAAUGCUGAACUCAGGGUGGGUAGAACUCAAAUAGAUCAGCUUUGUACAGCCAUUGAAUUAUGGAUAUUAUCAGUAAAGUAGGGCUAUUAUACUAUCUUUUCUGUUAUAUUAGAAACCCUUUUUGGCCUUUAAAACUCAACAGUAAAAAGUAGUUGUGAAUAUAAACUUGGUGUAUAUAUCCUUUCACAAUGAACUUUUUUUUUAAAAGGGGGGGGGGGAAAUCUGUCAGUUUUUGUUGAGCCAAAAAUCACUUUGAGAAUUGAAACAGCUGUGCUCCUAAUUAUAACUAACUUGUAUUUAGCAUGAAUUUGCAGAUGUAAGUUAAUCAUAACAAUCCAGUUAAUAUCUGCAAACUGUUACUAUGCAUGAGCAGUAACUUUUUAUGAAUAUUUAAUCUAGUUCUUAUUAGCAUACCUGCUCUGUAUUACUGAUUGACUUGAUUGAUAUAUCUUUCAGAAUUCCAUGUAUUUCUCUUCAUACAGCUGGUUCACAUAAAUCAUGUCAAAUAUUCACUUGCUAAUCCACAGUAAAGAAACAGUACUAUGACACAGCUUAAUGCCUCUGAAAGAAUUGUUAUAGUGCAUCAUGUCAAAGAUUGAUGUAAUUGUUUUCAUACUGUGGAUUGUGAUAAUACAAUAUAAUGGUUUGAAGAAGCUUUAUAAUGUACUGUAUCUUAUCAAAGAUACAUGCUGUAGUGUUUAGCAUUAUACCUUGAUUCACCUCUCAGCACCAUUGUAUGGAUUAACAUAGAGAUGAAUAAGUAAAUAAUCAAAUAGCUGGCCUCAUUUAUGCUGCUGUUUUUAAAACAAAAGAAAACAUGAAAACCGUGUUAAAGUAACAUGGAUAUUCUUAUUUAAAACCAAAAAAGCAAGGUAUAUUAGAAGAGGAAGCAUAACAAGUUAACUGUCUUGGAUUCUACGUUCUGUUGCUAUUUGGUAGAUGAAAUUCACCCAGUGGAGAGGACCAGCACAAAGCCUGUGUGCCACAUAAGUCCUGAAAAUAGUGAAGUUACUCUGAUAGUGCUGGCCUGUCUCAAAAUCGGGUUUACAGUGGAUGUAAGUGGUGUUGGCCUUCCCCAGGGGUGAAUUUUACCCUGUGCGUUGAACUCUGUCAGUGGGAGUUCCUCAUAUGAAGUGGCAACAGAAUUUGCUCCAAACUACCUUGCUUUGCUUUUACAUCAAUAUUCAGAUUGUUAUACAUUUGUUUUGUGUUUAGUGUGUUUAUACCAUAACACAAUAAAUACUUAUUUUUAAAAUAGAUCAGUGCCCUUGAAUGGAAAUAAAUGUGACCCCUACAUGAUGAAGUACAGAAGCAUUUCCCGUACUUUCUUUAGAUGUCUGACACAGAGCUGUCAGAGUGAUUGCAAAAUGAUGCAAUGGAAAUCGAGAUGUUUCUGUAACACUGAUGUGCUUAACUUUUUCCUCCUCAAGUAUAUAUUGCAAAGGCCUAAGGAAAUACUUUCUUUACAUUUGAGUACUUUAACAUGGAAGGGGAGAAUAUCCACUAGAUUAUGCUGCUGCUUUGGGGCUAUUUUUUAGUUUGCGUAGAUAUUUAUAUACACUUAUGUCAUGGUUUUGGUUCCUUUUGGCAAGCACUUUAAAUACUGAAUGGGGAGAAGGAAUAUUAUAGACUCAUUUUUGUUUACUUUGUGAGGAGAGAUUUUACUUCAGAGUACAUUUUUGGAUUGUUCUGGAGACCUAUUUCAUUACAUCAGUAAAUUUGUUCAUAAUUUUGUGUGGUUCCUACUUCAUAAAGGCAUAAAAACUCAUCUUCCACUUCAGAGGAAAAGGGAAAACUCUUGGUAUCCAAAAACUAAUUCUGUGAAAAGUAAGGUCUUUUAAAUAUUUGUGAUUGGUGACAACAAAUAUUAUUUUAGAUAUUUUUGGUGUUUACCAACUUUCUUUUCUUAAAAUCUAGCACAACAUAGUUAAAAUUUGAGAUGAGUGCACAUUAAAGUGACCUUUACGGUCAGUUCUAAAAUAGAAACCAAAUGGCAGCUGAACUCCCUUUUCCUACAACUCAUUUUUGUAAGGAUCAAAAGUUAAUUAAACUGAGCAAUGGGAGGAGAAGAGAGAUUGACUUUGGUUUGUAUGUAUGUACACUUAGUUGUUGAUGUGUAAUCAUUUGGCAGCCCAAUGUUUCCACAGUUCCUACAAUGGGAAUUUUAAGGGAACGGAAUUUUGGAUAUCUUUAUAAAAUUGGAAGAGAUUGAAGGUAUUAUGUGCUUUAAACUCUCAAAAUAAAUAAUUCAUUGUCACUAAUUUAAAAAUGUUUGGCUACUGCUAUAUUUUAAUUUUGAUUUUUUUAAUAGCAGUACUGUAUAUUCUGUGCUCUUACAUAUUUUUCUUCAUUUUAUUUUUCUUACCGUUAUGCUCCUCUAUUCUGUAUUCUAAAGGAUAUUCAUCAGAUUAUUGGGCAUUCUUAGUUUAAUUUUCCAUGGUAGAUUAAACAUCUUUGGAGCUUUUUAUGUUGUAUUCCUUUUUUAAAAUAAACUUGUAGUGCAA